UCCACAUGGUUAAACUAGAACAGUUAGUAGUCUGUCCAAACCCCAAUAGGAAACCUGACGUCACCGCCGGUCGAAUCCACGGCCAGAUUUCCAUUCCCUUUCCGAGCCCGAUCCUUUUCCCCAUCUCUCACCCACUCCCCUACAUCACCUCUCUGUUGGUCCAACUCUCUCUCUCCCUCUCUCUCUCUCUCUCUCUCAACCCGAACCCGACCCAUGGAGCGCCCGACCCGGCCCUACGCCCCGGGCGGCCGCGAGGACUGCUGGAGCGACGACGCCACGUCAGUGCUGAUAACGGCGUGGGGCGACCGUUACCUCCGCCUCAACCGCGGCAACCUCCGCCAGAAGGACUGGAAGGAGGUGGCGGACGCCGUCAACUCCCGCCGCGACGGCGCCGUUUUCAAGACCGACGGGCAGUGCAAGAACCGAAUCGACACGCUGAAGAAGAAGUACAAGCUCGAAAAGUCCAAGCCCUUCCCCUCCACGUGGAUCUUCUACGACAGCCUCGACUCCCUGAUCGGAGUCCCCUCCUCAAACGCCGCCGUUUUGACCAGACCCCCGAAGCCACUCACACUCGCCCUUACCCUCAAGUCCGCCGCCGACCCCAGGGAGAGCGACGGCGAGGAUGACGUGGAGGGGGGAGGAGUAGGGUUGGCGGGUGGGGCGGCGUGUAGGGAACUGGCGAGGGCGAUUUUGAAGUUCGGGGAGAUUUAUGAGAGGAUGGAGAGUUCCAAGCAGGAGCAGAUGGUUGAACUGGAGAAGCAGAGGAUGGCUUUCACUAAGGAGCUUGAGGUGCAGAGGUUGAAUAUGUUUAUGGAUGCUCAAUUGGAGCUGGAGAAGAUGAAGAAGAAGCGCCCCAAAUACUCAAAGCAUUCUUCCGGAAAGAAGUUGUGAGCUGAGAAUGCAGGAGGGCCUCUCGAAAAUCGAUUUGCUGAUCCGCCUCUUUUAAGUUAUAUGUACUCCAUGAUUUUAUCAUCCAUAUAUAGUUGCAGCUCGAAACCUUUGGAAGCAGAUAGGCCUAUGUUGUGUGUACAUGAGUAGUUGCUUUGCUACAGAGUUCUUCUACUCUGUCAUUCUCUAGUGUAAUUGUUCAGUAUCAUCAGCUUCCAUAUUACAUGUGUUCUCUGUGUUAAGCUCCCA